CGAAUAAUUGUUUGAAACAAAGUAGUUAAUUUUUGUUCCUGAUCAUGCCAUGGGCUUUUCUUUCAUCUUGUGGAGAGUGGAGAGGAGCAAGUGGGAACCGCAAGCAUUGAGAAGUGUCCAUACCGUUCAAAGCUGUCUUGUGUGAAAAGCUGCCCCAAACGGGAUGGGGAAUUCAUGCUCAGUCGUGUAGCCAAAUUUUCGUCCUUAGAGACAACCAUCUUAGGUCAUGGCUGAAUCUGACCACCCUCUAUCUCUUCCCGGGGAUGAGACCCCCGUGAACCUUGAUGGCCUGAGGAAGAAGGAUGGUUACGCGCAGUACCGCAAAGGCCGCAAAUCCAAGUGGUGGAAUCCACUUAGGACUGUCAAAAAGAGUAACGUGGGAAGAGUGAGGGCUGAAAGAGGAACUUUGGGCUCAGGUGAUGAUCGACAGCAUAUGGCGUCAGCCGCCUCUUCAACUGGACAAAUUCUUGAACGCGAGGAACGUGAGAGGUCGCACAGUUUCACCAGUUUCAGGAGGAAAAGCAGGCGAGAGAGGAAGGAAAAAAGUCAAGACAAGGAGAAACUUCAGGGGAAAGGCAGUUCACCAAUGGAGAGUAUUGAGAAUAGCCUUGCAUCACUAGCUAAGAAAACUGGAGUUCUGCCGUUUCUCUCCAAGGAAGGGUCUAAAGCAGCUCAAAAGAGAUGGAAGAUACUUAGCAAGCACUUCUGUCCGAAAAGCUUUCUGGAAGGUGUUCCACGAUGGUCCGUGGGCUAUGCCUGCAGUCCAGAGGAGUGUGUUCGGCUAUUCCGCACGUCACAAAAUAUUACAGCCCUCAUCAAGACACUCGUGCAGGCUGAUGCCGAGUGGCUGAAGGUGUUUCUUGCAAUUGGUGGCCUGCAAGUCUUCUUUGAAUCAAUGGAAUCCUGUUUCACUCGUCCGCCUCCCAUUCCUCUUUGGCAGGGUAUAAGGCAAAUCGGCUGUUGCAGGUGUCUACGUCAGAUAAUGAACCUCCCGGAAGGCCUUGAUGCUAUCGUGGAAAGUGAAUACUGCAUAAGCAGCCUGGCUCUGGUUCUGUCAUCACCAAGUAUUGUGGUCCGGAAACAAGUGAUGGAGUUGAUGGCUUGCCUGUGUGUGUAUAGUAUGGAUGGAUAUGAUGCAUCAUUAGACAUUCUCAAAGUCCAUCAGUACUUGACAGCCAAUCCUCAUUUCUUCGACUUCCUAGUUAGCUCUCUGCACUUCUCUGAAGCGAACAGUCUCACUGUCUCCAUUCUCUUGCUCAUCAACUGCUUACUUCGGAAUGAACGCGACUUUGAGGAGCGGAUGUAUCUGCGUGAAGAAUUCUUCCAUCUUGGUCUUCUUGGUGAGCUAGAUAUACUACGGCUGUCUGAUGACCUGGACGUUGUUACCCAGGUGAAUGUGUUUGACAAGCAUCGCCAUGAGGAUGAUAUGGAGUUUGACAUGCGUGGAGCAGGCAGCCCGAAAACCCCUCAGCACCUGUUCCGCUGCAUCCUCAGCAAGGUCUCUUCAACACCUUGCAUGGCGCUGUUUCUCAACAUCAUGCAGCAUCUUGCUUCCAUUGAACGACAUGGACCUCUAUCCAAUAGCCAAUGGGUUGCUAUUGAAGCCAUGAUGAAGCCCAUAGUAGGAGCGACAACUAACUCCGAUAUUGAGGAGAGGAGCUGGUCUGUGAAGAAGUCCCUGAUGGCCACGCCGGAGGACCUGGCUCUACUGAAAGAGGUCGGUCAGACACCAGAGUGCGAACUCCCCUCUCCGGAUGUCAACCCGACUAACGCCACCGUUCUCCAUGACCGAUCCGUCUCCGCCUCGGCUGGUCCUGUCUCCGUCACCAGCGAGCCCGGUGCAUCUGUUCGUCGCUUGACCGUAUCAGGGCCGGUGAACACAUCGAGGUUGCGACAUCGCCAGAAGACCUCCACCAAGCAGGAGCGUGAGAUGCGUGAGAAGGUGAAGCAGUGCUCGGCCGAGAUCGCACUGACAAAGUUGUCCAACCUGAUCACAUGUGUUGACGGCGAUCUCCUUUCCAUUAGCAGUGCAGAGCACGACCCUGAAUCUGCCAGUGACCCAAACUCUAUUGUAGCAAGACCUCGGCGCCAUUCAUUGCAGUUAGCAGCCGAGUCACCAAGUCAGACAUUUAUCGACAGUAGCCAACGUGACCUGCACAACAUGUCUCUCCUGUCAGCGACCAGCGACACUCAACAUGUAGUGUUUAGUCCGGAACCAAAGUCAGAACAGUUCUGUGCCAGGAAUUACAUGUCCACGAGCGCAGCCGAGUCCCAUGGGUUUCCAACAGCAGCCGAAUUAACCAAUGUGCCGGUCGUGCCGACAAAAGCGGCAGCGGGCAAUAGAAAGAAAGGUGCUGGACGUACGUUGUCACACGGGAGUGGUUUAUCCCGUGGCCACCCCGCUCAUUCCGCAGACAAGAGUAUAUUGUCCCGCAUCAAGUCAUCAUUAGUGCAGGCGCAAGACUCUCUGACCAAAAUCCACAGCAAACCACCGUCUCAAGCUGCUGAUGAAGGCUCAACCCGCAUGUCAUCUUCCAUCUCGUCACAUAAUCCUCUUGCAGUGCUGAAGCGACUAUCUGGCCAUGCUAUCACAGCUUAUAAAGUCUCACCAUCCUCGUCCAGUACAUCCGUAUCGAGAGCAGUUCAGGAUUUCCCACCGCCUCCACCGAUAUUGGGAAUGUUUCAAGCAUCGGGUAGCACCGAUUCACUCCCUCCGGCACCGCCAUGUGCCAGUAUGUUUGCUGGCUUGGGUCAGGUAGGCCCACCCGCUGCAGCAGAUGGCACUUCAAGCUCAACAGAGAAAGCAGUAAAUGGUGACAUUCUACCACCACCGCCACCACCAUCUGGCACUUCGGACAUUGUGCUGGGAGGGAUGCCACCACCGCCACCUCCAAUGGCAGCAGAUAACACCGUAGCUUUUCUCCCCCCGCCCCCACCAGAAGAUGUCAGUGCACUUCCACCAGCCCCAGAACUGGAUAGCAUGCCUCCACCACCGCCACCUCCAGCAAUGGGUGAUCCAUCACCGUCUCCUGCAAUGAGAAAUCCACCUCCUCCACCUCCACCGGAAAUGGGAGGUCCACCUCCUCCACCUCCACCAGAAAUGGAAAGAGCAGCACCACCUCCUCCAGUGAUGGGUGGUCCGCCUCCUCCUCCUCCAGGGAUGGGUGGCCCACCUCCUCCACCAGGGAUGGGUGGCCCACCUCCUCCACCAGGGAUGGGUGGCCCACCUCCUCCCCCUCCCCCAGGGAUGGGUGGCCCACCUCCUCCCCCUCCCCCAGGGAUGGGUGGUCCUCCCCCUCCCCCAGGGAUGGGUGGUCCUCCUCCUCCACCAGGAAUGGGGGGCUUUGGUAGCAAAGCUGCUGGAUUGUUUGGUAAGGGAGGUGCAGCAGCAGUGGCAACACCAGGAUCCAACCUCAAGCCGUCUCAAAAGCUUCGCAAGGUCAACUGGAGUAAACUGCCGGCAAAUAAGCUUUACGCUGAUCGGGCCGUCAGUGUGUGGAAGAAUCCCAACGAUCUGAUGCUCAACUUUGAUGCUAAAGCUCUGGAGGAGCUUUUUGCAGCCAAGGUUGUAGCGAAGAAGAAGCCAGCAGCAAAGUCUGACGAGAAGAAGUCAGAUUCCGGCAAGGUGUCUUUGGUCGAUGGCAAAAGUUCUCUCAACGUCAAUGUGUUCCUGAAACAGUUCAAGGGGUAUUCUAUCCCUGAUAUCAUGUCGUGGAUUCAUGACGUCGAUACCGAUAAAAUGGACCUCGACCAAGUCAAGGCACUCGUAAAGCUCAUUCCAGAUGACAGUUUGUACGAAGCAAUUGCUGCAUACAGCGGUAGUUAUGAGAAUCUGGGCCCUGCAGAACGAUUCUAUGCCAAGAUGCGCAAGAUUUCACAUGUGCCGUUCCGUAUGGACAUGAUGCUGCUACAGCUUGAGUUUCACGAGACUGUGGAGGAUAUCCGGCCGGGUGUUUUCACGCUGAGUGCUGCCUGUGAAGAACUGCUCAAGUCGCGGGCACUUCAACAGCUCCUUGUCUUUAUUCUGACCAUUGGAAACUUCCUCAACCACGGUACCUUUGCAGCAAAUGCAGCCGGCUUUAAAAUUGACUCCCUGGCCAAGCUGGACGACACGAAAUCCAACAAAGCCCGUGUGACCCUGAUGCAUUACAUCGCCGAGAGUAUCACGAAGGAGCACGCUCAUCUUCUGAAAGUCAAUGAUGAGUUGAAGAACCUGCCGGAUGCAUCCAAAUUAUCCCUUGACUUCCUCUCCUCCAAAGUGACAGCCAUAGACAGCAAGAUCAAGUCCGUGGCAGCCAACAAAGCUACGAAGAAGUUCCCCAAAGAGCUGAGGGAUCGAGUGAAACCCUUCCUGGAUCGGGCAGACAUGACACUGGAGUGUUUGAAGACACCGCUUAGGGACAUCGACAUAAAGGCCAACGCAAUCCGUGACUACUUUGCCGAGGAUCCCACGACUUUCAAGCUGGAAACUUUCAUGGUCAACAUUCAGAUGUUCAUCAAAAGAUUGAAUGAUGCUGUCAAGGAGAACAAGGAGCGCAAGAUCCUGGAAGAGAAACUACGGAAGCGCGAGCUACAGGCUGCUCUGAAGAAGAAAAUAGACGAGCGGCCCAACGUGGAAGGCGACGACCCAAAGAGGACACGCAAUGGAGCACUGAAAAGAUCACCCAGCACUGACAGUGCAGGGCAGCCCAGAUCCAAGAUUGUAGACCAGAUGUUGGAGUGCAUGAAGGGAGGCGACUUUGGUAGCAAAGCUCCCACGUAGAACUUAGUCAUAGAGGCUCGUGCUGUGCUCAAGUGUUGCUGUGUUCUAGAAGCAUGACAAUAUUAACAAACUGCCAGCUGGCUUUACACUGCUGGUCCAGGUUGAAUAGUGCUAUGCCAUGACAUCAUCAUGAUGUCAUGGCAGUGAUCGUCUGCAUCACUCCGACCAUUACCUGACACUGGUCAUGAUGUGUGACAUGAUGUAGCAACUGUGCAUCACUACUGCUCACCGGUUGCCUUCCCACAAGGACUGCUGCUAGCGCCCUGUUGGCAUCUACUCCGGCCGGCCAGCUGAUGAUACAUACACCUCGACGGUGUUGAAUGUGUCCGCUGCUCCCGUCUUGAUCUUGGCGUCCACGCCUGAAUUCUGUCAUGGCACCGGUCUUGGAGCACCUGUGCUGCGGCGCAGUGCUCCGCGCAGGUGAGCUUGUCAUUUCCCACGGGUGUGGGUGUGUGUGUGUGUUUUCAACCGCUCAGUGUGCAUUUCGUACGUGCUUGUGUGCGUCUACCUAGUCAAGAUUUUCCAAUCUCCACCAGUUGCUAACGCCCGUGCACCCGCAUGCACACACCAUUCGUUUUAUUUUAUUUGGUAGGCUUUUUUAAUUUAAAUAUUUAACGUUUUAAAAAAUAGUCUAACAUUGUGUGGCAAGGUUUGGCUGGUUCAACGCUGCCCCGUGUAUGCAGUGGCUGGUGUGCAAUGGAGCAUUCUUAUCCAAUUUCUAUCAUGUUUUGUGUUUUGUGUUUUGUGUGAGCACUCCCCUGUGCACAUGGUCAAUCUCGGCUUGGCGCUUAUGCCUACGCAGCCAGGUGUAUGUAGACCCCCCAGGUGCCUGUCUUGUCCUGCUGACCUGCUGGUAAAUGCUGUAUUGCUGUAGUUGUGUUGUGGUGCCCAUUCCACGUGUGUCAGUUGGUGUGUGCACCCCGUGCAGCAUUUAUAGCACCCAGCUGUACUUCCACUGAUAUAUUUUAUUUUACUUUUUAGUUCCACUCGUGCUCAGCAGAUUUUCAGAUUAUCUCUCAACUCUAGCUUUUUAUUAUCUGCAUCCAUUGCAUGGCGUUUUUCCUGGUUUCAAUAUUUGUUUUACUUUAUCUCACAAGGUGCAACAACAAAAAGGUAAACAUUGUUUCAUUUGGUUUGCUUUUUAUCCUUGAACAUGCACCCACCACAUAGCUUUUUAUGAUUUUUUUAAACUCACCAAUACACAGCACUCUUCCUGUCUUUUGUUACAUGUAUAUACCCAUCAUGUGAAUUUAAUUUUCCGUCCAAACCCUUUUCUAA